AUGCUGUUAGACUGGAUCCCAGGAUCUCUCGUGACUUUUCUAUCUGUUGAGGCGAUUGGACUGCUAUUGCAAUCCACACUCCCUGACUCAGUCUUCCAAACAGCGUCAACCGUUACGGGAGGGUAUUUAAGGAAAUUGGAUACUUUUCAUCCUAUACUUUAUGAAAGUUAUAGCACUGAUUAUUCUGUCCACUGGAACUCUGAACGUGAAAAGUUAGACCUAAGAAGUGUUAACAAUAGCAAUUAA